AGUCCCCUAAUGCAAGAAGACCUCGAUCCUUCUUUAAACCUCAUCGAGAAUCUUGGUCUUCAAUUUCACUCUGCAACAUUACCUCUGAUUCCUCACAUCUUCGUCUUUCCCUUGGGAAGGCGACGAUGAUAUGUGUCGAUAACACCGAGUGGAUGCGGAAUGGAGAUUAUGCUCCAUCGAGAUCCAAGCUCAAGCCGACAACGUUAAUCUCAUAUGUGAAGCUAAAACCCAGUGUUUUCGGCGAUCGAAGCUUUGCGCCGAUGGAUGCGAGUUUUCUAUUUACAGUCAAAUGAUCUGAAGAGUACGAUUGGAAUUCUAACAAUGGCGGGGAAAGGGGUUCAUGUUUUGGUUACACGCCAACCUGUGAUCUUGGAAAGAUCUUAGCGUGCAUGAAAGGUCUAAAAAUUGGAGGUGAGAUGAACCUUGCAGCUGCGAUCCAGGUGGCCCAGCUGGCUCUUAAGCACCGACGAAACAACAACCAACAGCAAAGGAUUACUGUCUUUAUUAGGAGCACACCAAUCUUCACCAGGGAUGGUUUCUUUGCUGCAGCAGCUGCUCCCGUUGCAAGUAUAUCUGGGUUUGAGUUUGGGGUGGAUCCAAACCUUGACCAUAAACUUGCUCUUGCAUUGAGAGUUUCAAUAAAAGGGAAGAAGUCUAGGCAAGAAGUAGCUGCAAAAAAGGCUGCCGAGGAGGCUGCUAAGCAAGAAAAAGGCGGAGAACAAUCGAACUCACUGGAUGCAACUAUGGCUGAUUUCACUUCGACACUAAGAAAAUUGACUUACUGGUUAGUUUCUUCUCAUACUUUGGUAGUAGCACUGGAAGAGGUGCCACAAAGAUAAUGGCUGAAAUAAUUCCUUUCUUCUAAAGGCUACCCUUUAUGGCAUAGUUUAAGAUUUUGGAGUUGCUAACUUGAAGUAUGAAUUUUCUACAAGUUUUGACUCCAUAAGAGGUGGAUCAAACUGGUGAAUUUACUCUUCCUUUGUGCAUCAACCAAUGCUACACCCUAUCUCUGGCAGGACAAAGAAAAUCCUUUGCUGCAACAAGCCUUUCAAAUGUCCAUGAACGAGAGUCCUUAUGGCGACGGUGUACAAGACACCGAUAUGUCAAAUGCUGCUGUUGAUAUUACUGACUUAGAAUUAGUCGAGUCACAUCAUUUCUGGCAAAGAUCUUGGACUUCCUGUUAUGUUUUUCCAUGAUAUGUCUUUCUCGUUUAUGCACCGCUAAGCUCAAACUCUGUCGUCAUGCAGCUCUGCAGUUGUCAGUGCAAGAAAAUUUAGACUCAUCUGACCGAUCAUCCGAUAUGGGCAAACUAUUGGCAGAUCAGUCCUUUGUGUCCUUGAUCCUUGCAUCGCUUCUUGGGGUUGAUCCAAACGACGCUUCCAUAAAGGAUUUGCUCGCCUCAAUGUAAAAUCAGCAGUCUGAGAACCAAGACAAGAAGGACGAGCAAAAGGGACAAAACGAGCGCUUAAGUGAAAAACACUGAUGUGAGUUCACUAUGAUCCCCAGUUGCGACCGUUGAAAACGCGGGAGAACAACGAUUUAGUGGGAGGCCUCCACGUGUCCCCUUGAAACCCAUCACUAUUUUCUCGAUUUUCUCCAUUUUCAUUUUUGUUUUCUCUCUUGUGUAACCAUGAAUCCUCCUCACGAAGAAGACCGCCAGAAAAAGACACCGUUGUACCCUGAGAUCGAUCAAUCAAUCCCCAAUAACCCAUUUUAUCCAGCAAACCCUAAUCCAUCUUCUUCCGCUAACAAUCUCUUUCCCCAAUACGGAUGCCCUGUCGACGCCCAUUCUCCAUCGGCGCCACCAGAGGCGACGGAGGAGAUCCUGAUCCGUGUCGGCGGUGCCAUUCUCAACCUUAUCGACAAAUCCUACAGCGUAGAGCUCGCCUGCGGAGAUCUCACCGUCGUUCGCAUUGUCCAGGGUCAGAACAUCGUCGCCGUUCUCGCUUGCGUCGCCGAUGAGAUCCAGUGGCCGCUAACCAAGACGGAGGUCGCGACCAAGGUGGACAGAUCGCAUUAUUUCUUCUCCCUCCGACCACCAAAAGAACCGGGGUCAGAUUCUGAAAACGAGGAUGAAAUUCUGAAUUACGGGCUGACGAUUGUGUCGAAAGGGCAGGAGAAAUUGAUGGAGGAACUGGAACGGAUUCUGACGGAGUAUUGCUGUUACACGGAACAGAGAAUGUCUGAGAAGGCGAAGGAGAAGGGAGAGGAAGUACUGAGCAAUGCAAUGGUGGUGGGGACUUCGCCUGAGGAACUGAAGGGUGAAAAGAAGGAAGCUGUGGAGGGUCAAUGCGCUGCCUACUGGACCACUCUGGCUCCAAACGUCGAGGAAUAUAGCGGAAGGACCGCUCAGUUGAUAGCAACGGGGUCUGGUCAGCUGAUCAGAGGGAUCCUCUGGUGUGGGGAUGUGACUAUGGAGAGGAUCAAGAGAGGGAACGACGUUCUCAAAAACAGGCUGAGUCGUGCUGAGAAGGAGAAGGAGAUUAGCCCCGACACCCUCAGGAGAAUCCAGAGGGUGAAGAGAGUGACGAAAAUGACAGAGAAAGUGGCAAAUGGGGUUCUGUCUGGUGUAGUCAAAGUGUCGGGAUUUUUCACCAGUUCAGUGGCCAACUCAAAAGCAGGCAAGAAGUUUUUCGGCCUCUUGCCUGGAGAGAUCGUUCUCGCCUCCCUCGAUGGAUUUGGCAAGAUCUGUGAUGCUGUGGAAGUGGCUGGAAAAAACGUCAUGUCUACUUCAUCAACUGUCACAACCGAGCUUGUUGAUCACAGGUAUGGUUCGAAAGCAGCCGAGGCGACAAACGAAGGGAUAGAAGCAGCGGGGCAUGCGUUAGGGACUGCGUGGGUUGCUUUCAAAAUCCGGAAGGCACUUAAUCCUAAAUCUGCCCUGAAACCUUCAUCUCUGGUCAGGUCGGCCGCUUCUGAUAUCAAGUCUAAGACAGUUUCCAAGUAGAUUCUCUCAUCUGCUUCUUACUACUGUAAUAAUACCCCCUUACAUUAUUUUUACAUCUUUAUCAUUUAGUUUAGUCUCCUCCAUCAUCAGUUUCUGCUCACACAUUAAUGUAUUUGUCUCACUAAUACCCUUUGUUCUUCUUCCGACCAUUUUCUCACAUGCAAUGAAUUCACAAGUUUCAAGAUGCAA